ACUUUAUGUAUACCGUUGAAAAUAAUUUUCUUACUACUAUGUUUUAAUUAACAUUUAAUAAAGUUACUAUCGAAAUAUAAUGCUCCUGACGUCAUAUACCUUUUUAAGCGCGCCAAUUUUUAAAUACAAAUCCUUGCUUCUAAGAUUGAUCAUAACAUUAUACAUGUUUCAUUUUUUAUUUUCUUUAUAAUCAUAUUAGUUUUGAAUCGUUAUUAUUAUGUUUCAUAAUGACAUACGAUUGUCGCUUAUAGUUUGUUUAUAUAUAAAUUGUAUACUACGAAUCCCAAAUUCAAUGUAAUACCCUGAAUUUUUAUUCUUUCCAAAUUCUAAAUUCUUUGUAUUGAAGUAUAUAUUGCCCAUAAUAACUACAAAUACUAAUAUUUUUUAAAAAUGACUUGUUUGCAAGAAUAUUCCAGUGGCAAUGGCGAAGGAGUUGCGGAAGCUAUCGGAAAUUGGGGUUUUUCUAACAGAACUUGUAACAGUGGUCAAGAACUUAGACGCUUGAAAUGUUUAUUUGCUAAAAUGGAUUGUUUGCGUACUACGAAACCUAUGACGUAUGUACAAUAUAAUCGUAAAUAUGAUCCUGAAGCGUGGCACGUUAAACCAAGUCCCGAGGGAUGUAAGCCUGCAUGGACAUUUCCUGAAAAUAGACCCUUAAUAACUUACAAUUCAGUAGGAGAUAUCGUACUCGUGUCCACUUUUAAUAACGUUGCAUCCGAUUUAGCUUACAAGAUACCUGGUAGAACAUAUAUGUUGCAUGGUGUAAGUACACAUCUAAACAUUAUGAGUUACAAAUAUCUCCUUAUCUUUGUUAAUUUAUUUUCUAGACAAACAAGUGGUAUCGAAGAGAUCCAGAUUGUUGUCCGCAACCAAGUUGUUUAGCACCUCAGUGUACACAAAUUUGUUAUAUUUAAACAAUUGUAUAACUUAUAAUAAACAAAUAAUAUAUG